CACAUUCAGAUGACGUACCAAUAAGAGAAGCCGGAAGUAUUGUUUGAUAAACUCACGUGUAAAGAUGAAAAAUAAAAAAAACCACAACGAUGCGUCCAAAAAGGCUAAAUUCAAGCCAGGAUCGAAAAAAAGGGAAAACAAAUGCAUCGUAAUGUUUGACGACAAAGACAGACAGGAAUAUUUGACUGGCUUCCAUAAGCGAAAAGUGGAAAGGAGGAAAGAAGCUGUGGCAGAAAUUCGAAAGAAAAUCAAAGAAGAACAGAUCAGAGUCAGAGAAGAAAGGCAUAAGGAGUACGUAAAGAUGCUGAAAGAGAGGAAAGAAGCUCUUGACGCUGCUGAAGAUGACCUGGAACAAGCUAUAACCAGCACAAGACAAUCUGUGCAGUACGAUCACCCCAACCACACUGUCACAGUGACAACCAUCAGUGAUCUUGACCUCACUGGUGCUCACCUGCUUGGACCUGCAGCUGAUCAGGUUAGUGGAGAGGAUGAAGAAAAAGAGGCAGAAGAAGAGGAGAAAACAAGUACAAUGCCAAGAAAAGCCAACAAUCCGAUCAUCAACAAAAAGAUCCGCUCCCUAACUGCGUCGCUCAACACUUACACCAGCAAACGGAAGAGGAAAGGGAAGCAGGAAGGCAGACGAGGACGAGGCCGUCCGACAGACAAGAGAGGCUUUGCCGCAGACAGUAAAAACAGACGUGGGAAGACCAGCAAGUGGCAGAGACGUAGAAACACUGGGAAAAGGGAGCAUUUUCAGGACUGAGUGUGUGGGUAGAGCAAUAUGUUGGAUUGGAGCUGUGGAGACACUUGACUUCUUCUGUCAGUGUCCUGCAGGCAAACAAAUUGGACUCUGGAGUAUUUGUGCUCCUUUGUGUCUGCAGGAGAAGUUUGUCCAGUGAACUUGUGCUGAUAUGGACACUCAGUGCUGGACCGUGUUGGACAGAUGUCAUGGUUUCCUGCCUUGUGUUCAAAAUUGUACAUCUUUCAAAACAAAACUGUUUUUGUAGUGUUACUUCUUAAAGAUAUGCAAGCUAUACUGUAUAAUUUUUAAUUCAAUAAAAGAUUGAUCUUGCAGAUAA